AUGGGAAUGGAAGAAGAGAUAAUCAUACCUCAUUUGGUUGGGCAUAGUCAUACUUUGGAAGAAGAAACGCAAGCUCAAUACGAACAAGAUUAUUUGAUUUCGGCAUUUAUGCAAUACAAAGCUAUGUCAAUCAAGGACAACGGAAGAAUAUCACCUUAUAUUCCAUUUCUUCGCCGCAAUUUAUCAUAUAUGAAAAUGAAUCGUCUCUCGGUAUGUUCUAAGAAAACACUUUGAAUUGAUAAAAAUACCGAAUUUUUUUUUUUUUCAGUCAGAAAAACAAGUGAGCAGUUUCAUUGAAAGAAACAACAAGUAUCCAAAACUAUUUGCAAAUCUUCCAAAUAAUGUAAAUCUAAGAAAACGAAAAAAACUUGCUGAUAUUGUUAUUAUGUUAAAGUCGAAAUCUCGCAAGCAUAAUAAUGCGAUAGUUGAUGAAAAUAUGGAAAUUGACGAAGAUGAUGAUGGAGAAGAGCAAGAUGAUUUGCCACCUUUGCCUGUUUCGUUAAGAAAACCGCUGAAUGUUAGAAGAAAAAACGACAAUAUGAAACGAUGUUUGUUCCCGAAAGCAAUUGAGUGAGUUUUUUUUUCUUAUUUUCUGCUGAUUCAAAACUAAACAAUUGAAUUGAUUGUGAGGAAUAUUAAAAAUGGAUCAAUUUUUUAAAAGCCAGAAGUGUUGUUUCUUAAAAAUGAGUUAUUCUGAGUAAUUUUUUUCAAGGUGAUCCGAAAUUCCAUUGAAAAAUUCGCCUUCAAGAUUCUGAUUCACAUAGACAUAGCGAAAGUUUGAAAAAGGUUUGGUCUAUCAAGAUAUUUCAGCUGAUCCAAAAACGUCUGCUAACUGAUUUUAAAAAUAAAUAUGAACUUUUUUGAAAUGUGAAAGAAUGAAAACAAAAGGAAAUAAAUGCAAUGAUAUAGUCGUAAAUUCCAGCUAAACUGUCUAUUUUCAGAUAUCGUUUGUGCUUGGUUCAAACUCACGAGAACAAAAAAGAUUUCAUUCGGACACCUGUAUGUAUUUUCUAAAACACUAUCACCAUAACAGAUUCUUUUUCAGAUUCCAAAUCGAUCUGGUUUGAAGCAGUGUGGCAAGAAACGAAUGUGCUGUAUUUUUUGCGAAUUGAAAUUCAACACAUUGUUUCAUUUGUUGCUCCACUAUAAUCUUUGUUAUCCAAAACUCAUGUUUGUCCCGAAUCUUACUUCAAUUGAUACAAAAAAGGUUUGUUAGUUUUUUUUUUCAAACUAUUUUUAAGUUGAAAAUAAUAAUUGGACAAAAUUACAGAAAAGCGUAUUAUUGCUAAUCGAUAUCAUCAAUCAUCCAAAAUAUGACAAUAUUGAUGAAGUAUCUGAAAGGUAUCAUUCUGGAAAUCAAUUUGUAUAUUUUGUUUUUCCUGGAGAUAAAAGAGAUGACAUGAGUAAUUUAUCAAUUGAUCCAACAAUAUUCAUUCGACCAUAUGGGCGUUAUCGUUUUGUUUUCGAAGAUGCAUUCUACAUUUCGAAGUUAUUGCAUGAAGCUUCUCGUCAAAAUUCAGGAAGAUGUUCAUUUUCUCUUCCAACAACUGAAGAUAUGCCAGCAAUUGAUAUAACCAUUGAAAGAAUGAGAUUUGAUAUUUUUGAUUUCAUCGAUAUUACUUAUCAUUGCAAAGUUCACAUGUUCACUUGGAAUGUUUUGAGACAUCGACUUGGUGAUCAUCGAGUUCGCCGUAUUGGGUACUAUCGUCUCGCCGUGAGUUAAACCUGUUUAUUUUUGAAAUAGAUAAAUGAUGAAAUUAUGCUUGAAAAGUUAAGAGAAAAAGGUUAUCUUGUUAGAAACAUUGAUUCAUAUGUUUUGUAGCUUAUAUUGGUCUCCAAACUGAUUGAGAAAAAAAUCAAACGAUUUUUUGAAUAAAGUUUUUUUUCAGAAGCUGUACAUUCAUAUUCACUGGGAUUUUAUUCACGAUUGGCCAGAUGAGCAUAUGUUCAGUCUAACAGAACAACGCAUUUUUGAAAUGGACACUGCUGGUUACACUCGUCUACAAGUUUCUCAUAUGCAAACCGAUCUUUUGCGACGGUACAUAAAUUUUCUCUAAUUUUUCCAAUGAACUAUCCAUUUUCAGCUUGAUGUGGAAAGAUUAUGGUGAUAUUUCUCAUUCGGAAAGUGUUGCAAAAGUUGUGAUGAGAAUGGAAAUUGCAAGGAAAACUGAAAAAUAUCGAAAUGCUUUGAAACGUUUGCCAAAACGAUAUGCUGAUUCGCUUUUUCCUCGAUUAGCAAGAAUGGUAAUUUAUUUUCUAGUUGAUAGAAGGUAAUUUGUUUUUUUUCUUCAGACAGAUCAAGAACGAUGUGAUAUGACUGAAAAUGAUGCAUGGCAUUUGGUUUUCCCGGAGGCCUGUAAAUCUGGAUUCUUUCAUCCAGAUCAUUUUAUUCACAUGCUUCUUGAAAAACCUGCAGAUUGUUUCAAAAGAUUUCGCAUUCCUGCUCCAACUGAUCUUUUUGAGAUUCCUGAAUAUCCAGAAGAUGAAAAAAUGGUUGCGGUUGAAGAAACUUGUGGAACAAUUAAAGGAUGGUGGGGUGUCCCCGAAGAGUCUCUAAAUAAAAAGAACAAAAACAAAAAAUAA